ACAGACUGGACCUGGACGCCCUGUGAAAGAGCUGCAAAUGCGGCGGAUUCCGUUGGGUGUCAGAUUUAUUGACAUCCGCCUGGGCAGACUUCUCAACAUGCGAUUCUUGACACCGAGCGCAUUAAAACGGUUUCCCAAACGUGCAAUUCAAUGGAGAUGAAGCUGAAUGAUGAUGAUGCGCUCGAGCGUUGAGCGUUUCGAUUGGAUUCCAAUUUACGAGCACCACCAGCAGCAGUUGCUUGCUUGCUAAUUUUUACCCACUGACCGAGGAGAGAUGUGGCUGAGAGCGUUUGUUUAACAAGACAAGGUACAUUGAGUAAACGAGAUGCCGCCGUUGAGACAAUAGUCAAAAUGCAUGGGCUCGCGGAUGAGGAUGCGGGGGCAGCACCUCCUCCUCCCUUUUUCGUGCGAUUGUUUUCUGGCCCAGCUGGGGACGGAGCCUCAGCCAGCACCACCACCAUCACUACCACAGCUGCACACGAUUGCAAUAAAUGCCAUAAAGUAUCAAAAUCUCAGCACUCGCUCAGCUCCGAGCUCCAAGCUGCAAGCGGCAAACUCCGGCUGCAGUUUUCGUUCAUUCCAUUCCAUUUGAUUGCAUUUGGCGCCAAACCAAGUAUAAAAGCUGGAGAACCUGGGCUGCGAUCGGCACACAAGUACCGUGACAUUCGAGGAGCCACAACACGACACGCGGAGGCACUGCAUCGCUGGUGCGGCAAAGGACUCACGUGGAUUACCUCAGCUUUGUGGAUACAUUAAACAGUGGAUACAUUGUGGGUGCGUCAAGGAUUCUUCUUGUUAAUCGUCGAUCGGAAUUAAACAAUUAAAAGAUUGCUGUCAUGGCUCUUAAGUGGGCUCUGGUGAUCACGACGCUGGUGGUUGCCCAAGCAGCCAAGCUGGAUAACAAAUACCUGCCCCCACCCGCAAGUGCGGCCAGUGCGGGCGGCAGUCCGGGAGCAGGGCUCCAGGGCCCAGGAGGUGGCUUCGGCGGAGGUGGUGGCGGUGGAGGAUUUGGUGGCGGCGGAGCGGGUGGAGGUUAUGGAGCAGGCGGCGGAGGCGGACCAGCUGGCGGCUUCGGGGGAGGUGCCGGAGGAGCAGGCGGUGGUGGAGCUGGCGGCUUCGGUGGUGGUAACAACGGACUAGGUGGCUUCGCAAACGGACGACCCAUUGCUCCUGGCGGCAGCGGCGGCGGGGGUGCACCGGCUCCACGCCCCAGUCCGUCAGGUGGCGCGCCACCAGCUUCUGGACCUCCCAUUCCGAUCCUCUCAUUUGUCAACGAGAACGACGGCGAUGGCAACUACCGCUUUAGCUACGAGACCGGAAAUGGUAUCAAGGCCCAGGAGGAGGGCACCGUUAAGAACAAGGGAUCUGAGAAUGAAAUCCCAUCCGUGAUGGGCUCGUACUCCUACACUAAUCCCGAGGGCGAACUCGUCGAGAUCAUGUACACGGCGGAUGAGAAUGGCUUUGUGCCCUCGGGCAAUGCCCUGCCCACGCCACCGCCCAUUCCGGAAGCGAUAGCCAAAUCUCUGGCUGCCCAGGGCAUCUCCAUUCUGCCGGGUGGUGGAUACAGUGGAGGUCCUGGAGGACAGGGAGCAGGUGGCGGCGGAGGCGGUGGUUCGGGAUAUGGUGGCGGAUCAGGAUUUGGAGGCGGCGGCGCAGGAGGAGGAUCCGGUGGAGGCGGAGGUGGGCCAGGCGGUGGCGGUGGAUAUGGAUCAGGAGGCGGCGGUGGUCGUGGAGGAGCACCAGGAGGUCCAGGUGCGCCAGGAGGAGGUGGAUUCGGAGGUCAAGGAGGUGGUGGAGGCUAUGGAGGAGCAGGUGGCGGAGCUGGUCGCGGUGGUUCUCCGGGAGGUCCUGGAUCACCAGGCGGCGGCGGAUUCGGUGGUCAUGGAGGUGCUGGCGGCGGUUAUGGAGCCGGCGGCGGCGGAGGUCGCGGUGGUGGUGGAGCACCAGGAGCUCCCGGAUCACCUGGAGCUGGAGGAUUCGGAGGUCAAGGUGGUGGCGGAGGAUACGGAGGUGGCGGCGGACGCGGAGGUGCUCCAGGUGCUCCCGGAUCACCAGGCGGAGGCGGAUAUGGCGGCCAGGGAGGUGCUGGCGGCGGCUAUGGAGGCGGCGGCGGCUAUGGAGGCGGCGGCGGCGGCGGUCGCGGUGGUGGUGGAGCACCAGGUGCGCCAGGAGCUCCAGGAUCCCCAGGUGGUGGCGGAUUCGGCGGUCAAGGAGGUGGUGGCGGAUACGGAGGCGGUGCCGGUCGUGGUGGUGCUCCAGGAGCUCCUGGCUCUCCCGGAGGCGGAGGAUUCGGAGGUCAAGGAGGUGGUGGCGGCUUUGGAGCCGGCGGUGGUCGCGGUGGAGCAGGUGGAGCUGGAGGAGCACCCGGUGGACCCGGAUCUCCAGGCGGUCCAGGUUAUGGAGGAGGUGCCGGUGGACCAGGAGGUGCCGGUGGACGUCCAGGCGGACCAGGAUUGCCCGGCAACCAGUACGUUCCACCCGCGGCUGGUGGCGGAGCACCCGGCUCGCCAGGCCGACCAGGAUCGGGAGGAGCUCCCGGCACAGGAUCACAGUACAUUCCACCUGCACCGGGAGCGCCGGGCGGAGGUCGUGGCAACGGAGAGUUCAAUCCUCAGACGGGCUAUAGCUACUAAAACCAGAAUAAAUUACGAAACGCCAAUCAAAUCUCUCAAAUCGAAGAAAUGUAAUUUCUGUGCAAGCUGCCCCCUCAAUGUUCUUUC